AAUUAUUCGUUUAGAAUUCAUGCGUUUUAUGUACAUACAAUAAAACAUUGCGAAAGCGGGAGCGCCGCAAUUUAAAUGACGCAUUCUUACAUUUUCGAGACGUUACGAAAAUCGUUUUCCAGCUUUGCUGCCAAUUAUAAUAACAGUCAAUUUUUAAGUAUACGCUGCUAUGUUAAUUUAUAUAAUAUAUGUGUCGCGAAUAAAUCGUCUCAUGAAUUUUAGCUAUUAAUAUUUUAUUUAUAUCAAAAAUAAACUUAAAUAUGAUUGAAGAAGUAGUUAUUGAAGAGAGAUCAGACAAUACAAAUUAAUAAAAUAUACAAAUUUACGCGAUCAUUUGCAAUUAGGCAUACACAUAUACUGUUAAAAACGACCAGAUAUAUCAAUGUAUGGAUAUCGUAUCGUUUACUAUUUUUCAAUUUUUUAAUAUGUGCUUUUUUUAAUAAAACACAUUUCUUAACAAGUUGAUACUUGUGUGCAGUUUGUUUUAUUAUUACAGGACUUGCAUAAUUAUUAUACUAUCACAAUAUUUAAUAUAAAAUUUAGUACAUAUGAUAUUUAGUGAUAACUUUAUAUUAAAUAUUUAUGAAGUAGAUGCGCAGUUUUGUACAAACGCGAUGUACAGUUUUUUUGACCAUAAUUAUUGGCUUUAUUUCCUACAAUUACUUUUAAUUUAUAUAUUUAGUGAUUAUACAAAAUAUAUAUAUAUACAUAUCUUGAAUAAUGAAUAUCUACAACAGAUAGAUAUCGCGGCGGAACACAUCAAUUAUACAAACGCAUGGAAGUUAAAGAUCAAUGACUUUUAAUCGUUUUGUCUUACAAUUAAUUUUAGUGUAAGAUCUGCGAAAAAAUAAUAUAAUGAAUUGGAUAUCUCGAAUUUUCUUAUACCGAUAUCGUAUGCAUGUACUUGUUUCUUCUUUGUUCCUUUGAAACGUCAAAAUGGCCUCAUACAUAUUUCUGAUCUAAAUACCGUGCGUAUAUCGAGCAUUUUCUGGCUCUGACGAAUAUAAAUUCUCUUGGACUAAAUUACAGCAAACUGGGAACAUUCAUCAAUUGGACUUCAACUAUCGAAGACUUCAAACUAUCGAAUAUAUUUCACAUCACGAGUUAUCUUGGAAGUCUAAAAAUUCAUCUCAUCGCUAUAUCUCCUCUUAAUUCUGUAGAGAUAAUUUAAUAAAGGAUAGUUAUUUCUCUUUAGACACCGGAAACUAUAAAUGUGCGUCUUACGAGGAUAGAUGUUUGUGGCUUAGAAAAUCGGCCGAUCAUUACCAAGAAAAGCACGUCAUCUACGAAAGGUUAUCAGAAAGCGGGGCAAUAAGCACUAUCGACAAACGAUGUUUCGCGAACAAACGGAUAACGAGAGGGUUGAUUAUAAAGGCAAAACCGACGGUCAUACGAUAAAUAAUCAUCGCAAGGCAUGUGAUAUCUGUACGCACAAGAUCGCGGACACAACUAAGACACGUAUAAGCGGCUCUUACAAUUUGCCAAAGUUUAGAUUGGAGAUUAGAAAACGAUAUAUUAUGAUUUUUCAAUCGCUUUAUAAUUGUGAUUAAUCUUGUCAAAUGCAAUUCGACGAGAUUAAUUACUGUAAUGUAAAGUAUAUGUGUUGUGUGAGGAGGGGGAGAGACACUAAUCUUUAUUUUGGGCGAGAUGAGUUUAUUAUUAUUGAAUUAAACUACUUUUAUCCCGGAUGGAAAUGUUCGGAUAACGACGGGAAUGGGAUGCAGAAAAGAAAAGAACUCUCAAGCGAAAUUACAGAAGAUGAUGCGGAGGAUGUAAAAGAGGAAAUUAAUGAAGAUGAGGAAGGUCGCGCAGACGUACAAAGAACAAAUACAAAUAGCGAAGAGAAAGAAGGAAAAAACGAACAAGACGAUACGCAGAUUGGAGAAUGCGCAAUUUGUCACAUUAUCAUCAAUGACAUAAAUUUCAGCGAAAGUGUCGACGAUUCCGAGCAAAAUCCGUACGAAAGCUAUUUGUUGUGUCAACAUUGCGUCCGAAAAUUUUCAGUCCGAUCAGGUGUAGAACACUUUCAGUGUCGAAGAUCGCAUACAAGUUUCUCACAAAAUAGAGAUCACAGUGAUUGCGUACCCACGAGAACGUACGAUAGACCGAUCAUGAUGUACCUGCAACCACCGUCGUCUCAUUCCAUAUCGAAAUUGCGUCGCAAUCGGUGGGCUUGUAACUUUAACAAAACAAUGCUCGAGGCGACAGAUGAUGAAUCGGAUACGAUCUCGUUCGCGGUCGUUGAUCACGAUCAAGGCAAUCCGCAACGAGAGGAACAAACGAAGAGCUACGAAAGGAAAUGCCAACAGCAACUUGGCUAUCGCAACAUGACAGCGACGAGGAGAAACGACGCGACGGAUCGAUAUACCUCUGAAAUUAAGGUCAAAAAUUCUUCUCUAGUGUCCUCCGUCGAAUGUUCCCGGAGACCCAUACGUUGUCCGCGUCUUGACUGCUCGAUGAAUGUCGCCUUCUCAGCGCUCACCCAUCAUUUCCUCUUCGAUCAUCCCGAGGUGCCUAUCCUCAGCGUCGAACCCGGCGCAGAGAGUACGCUCAUUGUCAGUUACGGAGCUCUCUCCUGCAAUUCCAGUCGAUGUCUAGCUCUCUUACUGGUGUCCGGCAAACUCUCACAUUCUACAGCGAGACUAUUCGGUGGUAAUCAAAUAAACCCCAAGUAUCGGAAUCGGUUACCUUUACCAGUACUAGCUGCACGUUUGCACAGCAAUCACAAUUAUGAGUGUUGCGAGGAGGUGCACGCCAGCGGAGAAGGCCAGUGUGAAAAGGAUAUGAUCAUUGCCUGGGUUGCAGGAUUAGACAUCGGUGAUACAGUUGACAGACUUCGAUGUAGUAUACAGGCUGUGGACAGCAUCGAGAACCGUGGAUUUCGAUCGCUUACCUACACGGGUCCCGUAACAUCCCUGAGAGCUGCCCAACGUCCACGCGAUGUCUUUUUGGCUGGCGACUGUAUAGUUCUCCAUGAGGGACUGAUCAGCCAUAUCACUUUUGGUUGUACUAGUCUUAAUGUAAAUGUUAUUGUACACUAAACUAAUGUUAUAUAUUAACGCGUAAAGUAUACAUUUGUCCCUUAACUUGUAAGUAUUAUUGUUCCAAGAAUAUGUAUGCCCAUGCCAAUAUCAAAAUUAGAAGAAAAAUGGGCAAAUCAAAUAAAAAGACUGAGUAAAUCAUGUCCCGUAAACAC